AUGAAGCCAGCUCCGUAUGCCUGGGCAUCACGGUCAUCCAUAGCAGCUGCAACAGCAGCAACAGCAGCAGCCGCUGCUGCUGCAGCGGCAGCAGAAGCAGCAGCAGCAACAGCAGAAGAAGAUGCGUUCUUGUUGGAGGAAGAUGAAGCCAAUGAGCUGCUGCGGCAGCUGCAGCGGCGCGAUGCAGCUCCGUAUAUCAGAGCGCAACAGCUGCUGCAGCAACAGCGGCAGCAGCAGCUGCAGCAGCAAAUGCAGCAACAGCAGCAGACCGAUGGCUCAACACUCCAGCAGAAUAUAGGCUUGCUCCAAUCCGAGCAGCAGCAGCAGCAGCAGCAGCAGUUAUUGGCUGCAGCAGCAAGCCCCUCAGCAUUUGAACGUAGGAGGGUGCACCAUGAUAGUCCUGCUGCAGGAGCAGGAGCAGCAACAGCAGCAGCAGCAGCAGCGAGCCCGUCAGCAGCAGCAGCAGCAGCAGCAUCAGCAGCAGGAGAUGAUAGCCUUUUCUGGUAUGUUCCUUCAGAGGAAUGUUAUACAACAAAGCCUGUGUAUAUCCCUUUGCUGCAGCUGCUGCGGCAGCAGCAGCAGCAGCGGCGUGUAGCAGCAGCAGAGCAGCAGAAGAGGCAGCAGCAGCAACAGCAGCAGUUACAGCAGCAGCUGCAGCAGCAGCGCAUGCAAAUGGGGGGUCCUCAGGGUUUGCUGCUGGAGGCAGAAGCAUAUGUUGCUGCUGCUUUGUUGCGUCGUCGUCUGCAGCUAACAGCAGCAACUAAGAAGCUUGAUGCUCAGUUUGCUGCUGCUGCUGCUGCAACAGCAGCAGCAGAAGCAGCAGCACCUUGCUGGCUUGCUCAGGUGUCUAGGCACCUCCUCCCUUAUGUUGCACAAGUCUCUAGCAGAGCUUUUUUUGAUCCCCAUUAUCGGACCCAACUACUCGAAACCCUAAACCCUAAACCCUAA